CGGGGAGAGCGGGAGCAAAGAGCGAGCGCCGGGGAGAGGAGAGGGAGGGAGAGGAGAGAGCGAGCCACACGCACGCAGAGACACACGGUCACCGGAAUUCCAUUAGAAAAAAGUGACACGAGCAGGGGUUAGCGGGAGAAGAUUUUUUUUGAAUCUUUCCUCCGUCUUGUGCGAAAGAAGCGACUCGGGUCUCGCGUCCUCGAAGCUCCCACUGGAUCGUUCCUAGGCGCUGACACCCGUCGGUGGAUUUCUUUCUUAUUUGCCUUUUAUUCUGACCCCCACCCUCGCCACUUCCUUCCAGCCCUUCACUCUCAGAUCGCCUCUCCCCCCACCUCCUCAGUCCCCUCCCGGGAAGCGCAGGGGAAUCGGACCCGCGGGGACUCGCGCCUUCCCGGACGAGCCGAGGGAAGGGCAGACCUGAGGACCGGCUGUCGGCUUGAAGAGCACACACACACACACACACAGAUACGUGUGUAUUUGAUUUUAGUGGGCAAGGGGGGCGUCGAGACGCGGCCCACCGCCCUCCAUUCCCCCACCCCCUCCAGCCGAAGGCGAGAAUCGCAGGACUCAGGAUCUUCAUCCGGCGGACUAGCUGGGAUCUCCGCAUUGGAUUUGGGGCUGAUUAUCACUGCUUGGUUAUUAUUAUUGUUGUUAUUAUUAUUAUUUUUUAUCCAAGGGAGAAAGACAGAAAAAACUGUGGGAUUUAUUUAACAUGAUCUUGGCAAACGUCUUCUGCCUCUUCUUCUUUUUAGACGAGACCCUCCGCUCUUUGGCCAGCCCUUCCUCCCUGCAGGGCCCCGAGCUCCACGGCUGGCGCCCCCCAGUGGACUGUGUCCGGGCCAAUGAGCUGUGCGCGGCCGAAUCCAACUGCAGCUCCCGCUACCGCACGCUGCGCCAGUGCCUGGCCGGCCGGGACCGCAACACUAUGCUGGCCAACAAGGAGUGCCAGGCAGCCUUGGAGGUGCUGCAGGAGAGCCCGCUCUACGACUGCCGCUGCAAGCGGGGCAUGAAGAAGGAGCUGCAGUGCUUGCAGAUCUACUGGAGCAUCCACCUGGGGCUGACCGAGGGCGAGGAGUUUUAUGAAGCCUCACCCUAUGAGCCGGUGACCGCCCGCCUCUCGGACAUCUUCAGGCUUGCUUCAAUCUUCUCAGGUGA